GCUCGAGCUACAAGAUGGAGGGGUUGAAAAGGCGCAGAAAUGGCCGCGUUGCGAGGGAAAAAUCGCUGGUCCUCUUUCAAUCUCUUCUUGCAGUAUUCCUUGAAGUAUCACCACAAUCGCAAAUAUGGCCACCGUCUACGUGAACGGCAAUGUUUACACCGUCGACCCCAGCACUCCCACAGCCGAGGCUUUCCUUGUCAAGGAAGAUGGCACAUUCGGUGAGGUCGGCUCGAGCGCCGAAUUGACCAAGCUCGCGGAAAAGACAGGUGCCAAAGUGGUUGACCUUAAAGGCGAGUUCGUCAUGCCUGGUAUGCACGACGCGCACAUCCAUAUUCUGGCAGCAGCAGAGAAACAUCUCUUCAACGCCAAACUUGGCCUGGAAGCAGGACCCGAAGAGAUCGUCCACAAACUCACGGACUACAAGUCAUCGUGCGGCCAUCUCGAAUCCGUCGGAAACUGGCUCAUCGGCAACUUCUACCACUAUGCGCACUUUCCCAACGGCAAGCCCGACCGCAAAUUCCUCGACGAUGCGUUCGGCGACCAACCGAUUGUCAUUCGCGAGUACACCACUCACUGCAUCUUCGCCAACACGGCAGCCCUCAAGGCCGCACUUUAUGAGGACAGCCCGGAGGACCCCUGGGACGGAUGGUACGUCAGGCGGGAUGACGGGACCAUUACGGGUGAAUUGGUCGAAGGCGCAGCCAAGAGGCUCUUCGCCGCGAUUCCCAAGGGAAGUCCCGAGAUGCAUCUCGAGGCAAUGGAAUACGGAGUCAAGAUGUUGAACAGGUUCGGCUUCACCGCGGCGCAAGAAGCCUCCGCCAACGCCAUCUACCUCGAAGCCGCCAAGAAGCUCGACGACAUGGGCAAGCUGACGAUCAACCUCGACGCGCACGUCGUGUAUUGGGGCGCAGCCUUCAGUCAAGAAGUUCCGGAGACGCUGAUCCACAGCAUCAACGCUGCGUACAAGUACGAGACCAAGCACUUCAACCCGAACUUUGUCAAGUUCUGGCUGGACGGUGUCCCGUGGGCACCGCAUUUCACUCAGUGCUCACUCACCGAGGAGGGCAAGACCGACUUCAAGAAGAUUUUGGUCCCGCCCAAGAUCUUCGAGGAGGCCAUCGAGCGUUUCGACAAGGAAGGCCGAACAUGCAAAGUGCACGUCUGCGGCCAGGGUUCUGCACGUUACGCCCUCGACGUCUUCGAGGAGCUGCGCAAGCGCCGCCCCAACGGGCCCCGCCACGAGCUGGCUCACAACAUGGACGUCCACCCAGGCGACUUCGACCGCUACAAGCCACUCCGAAUCACCGCCGAGAUGUCUCCUGCCAUCUGGCACGAGCCUACGAUGCAACCCGAGCAGAACCCCUUGUCGGUCUACCCGUUCACUCACCUGCGCAAGGCUGGCGCCCUCCUCACAAUCGGUUCUGACUGGGUGUUCGCGCCCGAGACACCCAACAUUUUCCCCGGUCUGCAGGCUCUCCAGGAGGGCCGUCCGGGCUGGGAAUUGGAAAGAGAUGAUCUGAUUCGUAUCAUUACAAUUGACGGUGCAAAGGCUGUCGGCAGAGACCCCAAGGAGGGUACCAUCACUCAGGGCAAGUUGGCCAACUUCAUUAUCUUGGACAGGGACUUGAGUACCGCGAAGGAGAUCGGCACGACGAUCGUGCUGAAGACUUUCUUCGAGGGUACCCAGGUGUAUGACUACGAGAGUGAUGAACUCAAGCACUUCCAGGGACGCCCUGGUUAGGCCCAGCAGCCUGGGUGGAAGAUCGAUAGACUUCUCAAAUAGCUACACAAUUAGUAUGAAC